AGCUUUCCAAAUUAGUACAAGUUCCAUUUAAACAGGACUCGCUGGAGAACUCUCAGGAAAUCUGCAAUAGCUGCUCCUCCCUGAUCAACCAGGUGGAUGAGUGUGAGAUCAAGCUGAUGGCCCUGGAGAAUGAGGUGAAGCUCAAGUACAAGAUGCCCUUCCCGAUCGAAGUGCACAGCCGACGCUCGGACGGGCAGUCCGCUGAUGAUGUGAAGCAGGAGGGGCCGCCGCCUCCGCCGCCGACGGAGGAGGUCGCGGCGACGGCGCAGGCCUCGCAGGAGUUCAGCUUUAUCAGCAUCGAUGGCACGACGCUAGAUAACCCAACCAUCGUCUUGGAGGCGGACGAAGUGGACGGAAACAACGUGGUCGUCUACCGGGAGCCGUACGGCGGCCAGCUGACCUACGACCCGUCCAUGUCGUACCUGGCCCAGCUGGAGGCGUCCGAGCUGCACGAGCAAGACGUCGUCGGCGAUCAGGUGGGUCAGACCACGCCACACCGGCGCGUUGACCUCUGCUGA